AUGCCCCGGUUAUCUGCAGAGUUGCACGAUUUCCAGGAUCCCAUCCUCGUACCCUAUUACCCGUCAACCAACAAUGGGCUGCCACCCGACCUCAUUCCACGGUGUACAUCACACCUAUCCAAAAUGGAGGAGCUGGUAGCGGGCAAGACACAGGAGGUUGCGCAGCUGCAAGACCAGGUCAAUCAGCUCAUACGGCAGAUCCAACGCGCUCAAAGUGAACAGAAAGUCUUUCAAGACGAAUACACGAUCUGCAGUUCGCUCCUUGCCCCCAUCCGACGCGUGCCAUCGGAGAUCCUGUCGCUGAUUUUCCUACACCUCCUGGGGUGCCCAAAGAAACUACGGCGUGACUAUGUCAUCCAGCUGAGGGACAUACAGCGGGUAUGCAAGAAGUGGAGAGAUGCUGCGUACUCCACCACUGCCUUAUGGUCGGGGCUCCAGUUCUUGGUGCGGUGGAGGUCGGGGUACGAGGAAUCGAGAAGUGUCCUCGAGCGAUGGUUCAAGCGCGCAGGGAAGCACCAACGACAUCUCGAGAUUCGCUGGGAGGCUCAUUGGAACCAUGGGGAGGCUGGAGAAGACACAGGUAUCCGGGAGUUCCUCCUCCAGCCCGAUGGGAACUGGCGUUCUCUCGCCCUUCUUGCCGCCACUCAUGCUUUCGUUAAAGAUCUAUUCCUUGACCUCGAAUGCCAGAAGGGGCAUGGAGAUGGGAACGGAAAGGUGGUGGAAUCUCCGUGGAGCAAUGUCGAGGAGUUCGAGGUCGUGUUUAGCACACAUUGGCCAUCCAUUAUCCCUUCCUUUACCUUCCCGGCAUCCGCCCUUCCGAGCCUAAGGAGGCUUCGCAUUCAACGACAAUUCGUCCCAUUCGCUCAUUCUCAACUUCGCUACCUUCACCUUGACCACUUCAUCGGCUCUGCUCAAAGCCUUGCCAAAACGCUGUCGAUGCUCCCAAACCUCCGCGAGCUGGUUUUCUCGACGAUGCGGCCGAAUUAUCUUCAUAAAGGCCCUUUGACUCCAAAUGACGAACCGGACGUGGAUAAAAUAACCGUCGAGAAGUUGGUCGUCACAUGGGGGAGAAGCCUGGAUUUGCUGGAUGUGGGGCUUCGGUUCCCCCGUCUGAAGGUACUCCAUCUCGUCGAUCCUUGGGUUGGGAUGAACAGUGAAGGGCUGUGGCAAAAGGCGGGACUGAUAGGCCCGUUCCUGUCGCGUUGUCGGGACGUAGAGGAAGUAUCGUUCGCUGAAGGCGACGGGGACAUGCGGUUUCAUUCUGCCCUUAUCACGUAUAUUCUCCAUAACACUCGACCCACUCCGAAACGCAUUCUCGCCCCGGACUUUGGACUUCUCCGCAGCUCGAUAAAGCUUGAUGAGUCUCUGGAGGAAAUUGUGGCUAGAGACGCUCCCAGUGAGAAGGACCUCCGGGCGAUGGCGCACUUUUUCGAGGCGAGAAAGAAGCGUAACCCGAACAGUAACUUUGGACCCGUCAAGUUACAUGUGCGUGAACGAUGGCUGGAGUAUAGUCAAGAAGUGGUAGAGCGAUUGAAGGACGUGGAUGUCGAGAUGGUUCAACAGCCAUACAGAGAUAAGAUGUGGUAUUAG